UGAGUGUAAGUGGGACUGGUCCGUUUGGGCUCUGUGUAGAAAUGCCCUCAUCUCCUGGUGUUGGGUUGCAGGGGUUCAACACAAUGAGGAAACACUGAAGCUCAUACACACAGAAGAAGGAUCUGUCACACCUGCACACUCUUUAGAGCCUUGCGCUUCCCAUCUUUCUCCUCCAGCAGCCAUGACGACGGUCGUCGUGACGAUGCUGCUGCUGUCAGCAUCCCUCCUCCUGUCCUCCGCUCUUCCUUUCCAGCAGCGAGGAUUCUGGGAUUUUGGCGAAGAUAUCGAUGUCAGAGAUCUGAUGACGAUGAUGAUGAAGGACCAGGAGGAAGGCUCGGGGUUUGAGGAUGUCGCUCUGCCGGAGAUGCCAACGUGUCCGUUCGGGUGCGUGUGUCACCUGAAGGUGGUGCAGUGCUCUGAUCUGGGUUUGAUUUAUGUGCCGUCCAACAUCCCAUCUGAUACGCUGCUGUUGGACCUGCAGUGCAACGGCAUCGAGGAGAUCCGUGAGGGAGAUUUUAAAGGCCUCAGUAACCUCUAUGCGCUAAUUUUGAGGAGUAAUCUGAUCUCUCGAGUUCACCCUCGUGCCUUCCUGCCUCUGAAGCGCUUGCAGAAGCUCUACAUUUCCCACAACCUGCUCCCCUCCAUCCCUCGCAACCUGCCUGCAUCUCUUGUUGAGCUGCGUAUCCAUGACAACCUCAUCCGCAAAGUAGCUGCAGGGACCUUCAGUGCCCUAGGGAACAUGCAUGUGAUCGAAAUGGGUCGUAAUCCCAUCCACAACAGCGGAUUUGAGCCUGGAGCAUUCAAGGGUCUCAAACUGAACUACCUACGAAUCUCCGAGGCAAAACUCACCGGCGUACCAAAAGAUUUGCCAGCAAGUCUCCAUGAGCUCCAUUUGGACCAUAAUGAGAUUCAGGCCAUCGAGCUGGAGGACCUCAGCCGAUACAAGCAGCUGCAGAGGCUGGGUCUCGGGUCGAAUCAUAUCCGGCAUAUUGAACACGGUGCGCUCUCUUACCUGCCCAGCCUGAGAGAGCUCCACCUGGACCACAACCGCCUCUCCAGCAUCCCCAGUGGCCUGCCCAACAUCAAAUACCUGCAGGUGGUCUAUCUUCACUCCAAUAACAUCACCUCAGUGAAGGUGAAUGAUUUCUGCCCGACGGGGUUUGGGGUGAAGAAGGUCUUCUAUAACGGCAUCAGUCUGUUCGGGAACCCCAUUGAAUAUUGGGAAAUUCAACCUGCCACCUUCCGCUGCGUCACUGACAGCAUGGCCGUGCAGCUCGGCAACCAUAAGAAAUAGAUACCCAGUGCUCACACGCACACACACACACACACACACACACACACACACACAAUAAAAACAGCACACAGUUAAAAACACAGACUAAAAGACUCUUUUAGUGUCACCUUCUUACCACAUGUUUUAUAACAUCAUUAUAACACUUUAUUUGGGUCAUUGUUGUAUGUUUCUGAUUAACGCUUUAAUUUCCAUGUUAGUUCGGUCCGUUGUCCUACAUCCUGCAUGUCGCCUGUCCAUCCUGAUCGAGAGGAAGCUGUUAUUGUCUGUCUGUGUCAGUCUUAGCGUGCCUUCACCGCAGCUUCACUAUACUUUACGCACUAAUUUAGACCCCAGAGCGCUUUAAUAAUGUCAAUAAAUCACACAGAUUUUGUACAAAUAAACCGUGACUGAUUUGAUCUGAUUUAAUCACAUCUCACAUAAAAGACCACGGCAAUUAAAACCGUAUAUUAUAUCUCCUGCAGCGCAUUUAAAACAUUUACAUAUAUUAAUUACCAAACAGAUGAACUGACUGCAAUUCGUUACCAAUAAACAAAUUUUCCAAAUUACGGUGUCUUGAAUAAGUAGGUUCUUUUUCACCCCCUUGAACUUUUCCACAUUUUACAGUGUUGUGACCUAGAACCGAACUUACUCGGGAUUACGUGUCAAUUUUUUUUUUUUAACCUUUCGAAUGAAGAAUGAUGUAAAUGUAAAUGAAUUGCACAUCAUUAGCAUAUUUUGCAGGUUUAUAGCAGAGUUUAUAGCCCUGAUUUAGAGAGUUUAUUGAUCUCUUUUGACCCCUAAAGCAAUAACAGAGAAGCUCUUUGUUUUUUUUUUUGUUUUUUUUUUGAUCUUUCAAUUCAUUUACAGUCCACAGGACCAUUUUACUUUAGAACCCAAAUUCCGUUCGGGCAGGGGUAGAACCGACCUGUUUGUUCGACGCUCCUGAUUUAGAUCAACGUUGUGUACUUGAUCACAAUAACGAGUGUUUAUAUACCCAGUCGUGUGUGUGUAUAUAUUCUGAUGUCCUGGCAGUAAAAGAAAAGAAAUAUUUUAUUUCGAAAUACGUAUCAGCUGUAGAGAACGGUGGGAUAACCAUUUGAAUAAACGCAAAAUUCUCCUCCCCUUACCUGAUAGCUGAGUUCGUAUCACACCUGUACUGUACAACUGUUUGUCACACCUACCUCACGCACUCAGAUAUGUAGCUGUGACUUCUCUAGUUCAACCUGCUCGCCAGGCUUGUGUCAGGGUUCUACAUUUCAUUCUCGUGAUUGAGGGGGAAAAAAACAAAAAAACAACAACAGCGAUGGAAUACAAAGAGCAGAUGAGACGCACCUGAUGAGCACGGUCCGUGGGUACCUGCAGACCAUGUUCCCUGUGUGCGGUGAUCUCCUGCUCGGAGAGACACGG